CAGGGAGAGAGAAAGUCGCGUCUGUAGACUUUAUAUGCGGCUGCCUGACGAAGAAAAGCGGCAAGCCCGAAGAACCGGCACUGAGAUCAGGGAUGGUGAUGCCGAUAUAUACUGUGUCAUCAUCAUCACUAACGGACAAAUGUAUCGAAAUCCAGAAGUAGAUAAAGCAACUAAACCGGAUACGCUCUAUUGCGCGUUUGUUUUUAGUUUUUUUUUUAUCCGUUAAAGGUCGGGAGGUAUCGCUUCCAAAUCGAAAGAGAUACGAGCAUCUUUCAUGAUCUACAUGGAGAACAACAAAGACGAGAGGUAUCCACAGAUGAUGAGCUAUCCCUGUGCGUAAAAUGGCAAGCGUGCUAUCUGGCUGAAACGGAAUGGAUAUAUACCCUACUGCAUAGCGACAUAGACGUGCUGCCUGCCUCUGAGUCAAUUCCUGCGCGGGAGUUGUGUGGAACAUGUACUGGAGGAGAGUGGUGAUCAGCGCACCGAAUUACCGUAUCCGCGCACAGCAGUCAGAGAGAGGGGGCGAAUAGAAAGCUGCUGGUGAGCCUGUGGUGACCGAGUCACGGACGCGGGCUGAAGUGGUAGUGGGAAUGCCAGCACUUCAAACGAUGGGGCUUUAACAGCCCCGCUUCAUACUGAUGCACCAAACACUUCAAUUUUGACCCAGCACUGAGUCCUUUUCCACGGCCAUGAUCAUCUGUUUUUCCCCUCAACUGACGGAUUGACUAGUAUUUUUAUUCGCCCCAGCUAUUUCUGAAGGGGGAUUUAUUUUGUGCAUUCCACACGUGUUGUAGACUGUUUUCUCUUAUUUUUGGGGGGUGAGAAGCAUUGCGCUGGAUGGGAGCAGAAUGGAAGGCUGUGUGUGUCUCUGAAGACUGCUGGCCUCUCUCCUCGGGUGUUAAUAAGCCGUCGCCACUCGCCAGCCAGGAUGCAGCUUCUUAGAGUUGCGUGGGCUUUAGCGGGAGCGGCAAUCUGUUGUUUUGUUGUUCUUCUCAUCCACUCACGCUUGCUCAAAGAAGGUCAACUGGCGGCAGGGACAUGUGAGAUUGUGAUGCUGGACAGGGACAGCAGUCAGCCCAGACGGACCAUCGCCAGACAGACUGCACGGUGCGCCUGUAAGAAGGGACAGAUUGCUGGGACGACAAGAGCCAUGCCAGCCUGUGUGGACGCUAGUAUCGUUCGGACGAAACAGUGGUGUGAGAUGGUCCCAUGUUUGGAAGAUGAGGGCUGUGACCUGUUAAUCAAUAAAUCUGGAUGGACUUGUACACAACCAGGAGGCAGAGUCAAAACCACUACAGCUCUAUGACGUGACUGGAGUCCCUGUGGAUCCUCCAUUCCUCUGACAGUACCAUGGCAGAGGAGAGCAUUGAUGACCCUGACAGACAGCCUCAGCCCACACCACCAAUCACCACCACCGGUCCAUGAACAUGAACAACCAAUUCUAAACCAUACUGGGCAUUAUCCACAAAGCAAGGUCUCUUAAACACAGUCAACCAUGGCCAAUACUGGAGGGUUUGAGGGAACUUUGGGGAAGUCGAGAGCGAGGUCUCAUCUUUGACUCUGGAGAAGUUUCCUUGUGCCCUGACUCCUGGCUCUACCCGUCUACGGCUCUGACCAACCAAUGACCAUCCGCUGUAGAUAACCCACUGUCUGUCAUUGGAUCAACAUGUCCCGUCUGCCUGCUCCUAUUACUGUCCGUCUGCUUUGUAAAUGAGCAGAAUCCUCUAGUGCCAAGGAGGUCAGGUGUCCAGCAGCGCCUUGUCCAGAGAGGGAGAGAGUGGUAACUAUGGAGCCAUUUUGGAUCGACUACUGUACUGUUCAGCUAAUGUCUGCUAAUUUUCAGUGGACAGAGGACUCCCACUACUUCAACCUCACCUGCUUCUGUUAGACUGUAAUGGGACAGUUACGUGUCCCAAAGAACAAGGAUUAUUGUGAACCAGGCCCUCUGAAGUGUCUGACCUAGCGCCAGACUAUGGACUGGACCAAACGUUGGACUGGAUCUAUCCAGACUAUGGACCAGACUGGACCAGAUCCUACUGCUUGCCUUGUGCUCUGCUGUGAAUAGAACUUCUGCUGGAGUAGUACAACUUUGGCACUCUUCAUAUUUUUAUAGACCAAAGAGGAAAAAAUAACUUAUAAUAACAGAUUGGGAAAGAGAAAUGGAUACUUGUUUUUCUUGCUACACCACAAUGACUGCCCUCAUAGCUGUAGAUGUUGGGCUUUAUGUCAUUUCGAAAAUAGACUAUAGUCUAGUGGGACAUGUAUACAAUCAAAGGAGUUUCCUUUUAAAAACAUUUUUUUCUCUGACUAAACCCACCACUGUAUUUUGAAACUGAAGAUGUAGGUAAACAUAUGUGUAUAAAAAAAUCUGAUUUGCAUUUUUCAUUAGCUACAAAUUGGGACACGUUGCAAUAAGCAUGGUUGGUAAAACGGUAAGAGUGAAACUACUGAUCAUCAUUGAGGCAAAAAAGAGAAUAUUGAAACUGUCAUUUCUGAUUGCGGCUGUUGGGCGGGGGAAAGGCAAAUUUCAUUAAAUGUAUUUUGAAAGGCAUAAAGCGUAUAUAUUUAACAGUU